AUGAACAGAAUCGGCCUCUCUGAAGGCCAAAGAAUGCUCAAAGCCUGUCGAGCUGCUCUUCCAAAACCAGACCCAGACGAAACCCCCAUUCUCAGCCGUCCAAAAGACCCUUACCUCGUCCUUCUCUUCGGGGUAAACUACGAUACAAGUCUGGUAUACGUUAAAAUUGCUCCUAGAGCUCUUGCUCUCGAGCUUCUGAGUAGCAAAAGCCCAAUCUUAGGCACUCUAGAAAAAAGACAGCGGCAAAAUGAGUUCUUUACUCCCGAGGACCAACUAAAUCCAGGGGAUUCUCAUCUGGCUAGGAAGGUAUUUCCGGUUAGUUGGGAUGACUUUUUGAUAUUACAUAAACGGCUUGGUGUAACGAGAUAUACUGGGCCAUUGGAGUUCGAGUGGAAUGGACUUUAUGAUCAUCGUGAUCCCGAUAUUCAAACGCUAGAUGACGAAACGAGCGAAUCUGUCAGACUGGGAUCAGAGAGAAUAUCAAUGACCACAUCAAGUACAAAGAUAGUUAAGGCGAUUGAAGCUGGCGUUGCAAAUGGGAAUCGUCUAAUCGAACCCGCUAAAGAGUCAUCCAAUGAACCCGAUGUUGAAGCCAAUCGAUAUCGCGAUGGGGGUAUCGGCAGAGACCAAGACUAUAACGCCAACUACGACGACGGCUCCUCAAGCGACUCCGAUUACGAAUAUAAGACUUGGGAAGACCCCCUUACAUAUCCCGAAGACCCUUACUUCUUUCACUAUCGUCCAAACCGUCGUCGCAUCCGCGGUCCCAAGCCCGUUCCCAUCCCAUAUGGCAUCCACAAUCCUGCUCCUCAAAUCGAAGAGACGUUUCCCUUGCACUUUCAAAAACUUAUUGACGGCCUUGACUCUGAAAUCCGAACCCAUCUCUCUAAAAUUGACUGGUCAAUCGACAAUCCUCUAAAGUUUCCAGAUCGAAAAACGGCAGACCCUUGGAAUGUCGCCAUACAUGACUUUCACGCCAAAAGAUUACAAAUAUGGAGCAAAAGAACGAAGCCAAAUAUCUUUACCAGUCGUCCAACCUUCAUCGCUCUAAACUUCGGAUCCAAAUUCGACCGUUACGAUCCCCGUCUUUGGGUGCUUGAAGACGACGCUCCAGAACCCGGCGAUGACCCAUUCGAGUUUGCACAAAUCGGACAAAACUCACUACAAUACAUGUUAGAUAUUAUUCGUAUUCAAUGGAACAACCUUGACCCGAUAGAUAUCUACUACAUGAACGAUCCCAUCCUCACCAACUCAUCUAAUUCCUCAGACUCCUCAACCUCUCCUCAACCUCCAAAACAACCUCGUCUCAAAACCCCUAUCCAACAUACAUUCGACCAUAUGGGCCCUCCACGCCGUGCUGUUCUAACACUAGGUCUCAGACUUUUCAUGGAAGACCUCAAUAUUGAAAAACUGGAACCCGACUUCAGCGAACUAACCAAAUACGCAAUCUUCAAAUACAUCACUUCCACCCCAUCGGACGACAUACAGAUGCGUGAAUCCUUGCUAGUUCUCUGGGAACUCACAAAAGUCAUCACAUGCUUUACAGGUGAACAACCGGGUCGAUCAGACGAAAAAUGCACUUGCUAG